AUGGCGGCUACCAGUGGUCGCGAACAAAGAGACGAUCGUAGUACUAAUGGCACAGAUGCCAGUCGUCACAGCUUUUAUGAAAACAACAGCGCUGAUGACAAACGCGAGAGCUAUAAUGCCAGAUACGAUACUAGUGAUCACCCCGGAAACGGGGAGCGGAACCUUUACGAAUCUAGAGACCGUGAGCAAGGGAAGUAG